AUGUACAAGCUGGUCCCCUGCUGCCUGCUUCUCACGGCAUUCUUGAAUCCUCUCUUAUCUCGUCCUGUCCGGGACUCCGGGGCAGAGCCCCUGCUGCUCCCAGCACCUGGUGAAGAUGCAAGAUCAACUCUGGAUGAACUGGAAAGAGAGUUCCUGAGGCAGGUGCUGCCAGAGAUGUCAGGUGCAGAGGGAGGUGACGGCCCCAGGAAAGCAGAUCCCAGUACCAACAUUGUUAAAGCACAAGGACACGUGGGAAAGUUUCAGGCCUUUUCUGGACAAGAUCCUAACGUCUUACUGAGUCAUCUUUUGGCCAGAAUCAGGAAACAACAUAAGAAACGUGGACCACCCCCUGAAUGCUUCUGGAAAUACUGUGUCUGAAGUGAAAGCAACAUCUGCCAGCCAACUCAAAAGCAGCCAUCUUAGGAGAUUAAAAAUAAAAAUGCUUGAUUGAAAGCUGCAUAGAAGAGAA